AUGGGUACAUGGUGGGCUCCACCCAGACUGAGAGCAUAUAAAAGGACCUCUUCACGGAGAGGUAUCCAGACACAAGUCACUUACACUCCUUCUCUACCAAGACCAACCUCAAGAACCAGCACCAUGUGUGGCUAUUACAGAAACUACUAUGGAGGCAGAGGCUAUGGCUGCUGUGGCUAUGGAGGCCUCGGUUACGGCUAUGGAGGCCUGGGCUAUGGCUGCUGUGGCUAUGGAGGCCUGGGCUAUGGCUAUGGAGGCCUGGGCUAUGGCUAUGGAGGCCUGGGCUGUGGCUAUGGCUCCUACAGUGGCUGUGGCUACCGUGGACUGGGUUGUGGCUAUGGCUGUGGCUAUGGCUAUGGCUCACGCUCUCUUUAUGGCUGUGGCUAUGGAUGUGGCUGUGGCUAUGGAUCUGGAUUUGGCUAUUACUACUGA